AUGACUAGAGACAAUGGUAAAUAUAACCAGAGGGAUAAUGAGAAGUAUUCCAAUCUGGCACAGCUGAAAUUCGAGUACGAUUUGCUGUCGAAUGAGCUUUUCCAUCUGAAAGAGUACAUUUCUUUGGUGGAAUUUGAUCCUAGUUACGUAAACGACACUGAAAGUUACAACAGAUUCAUCCAGGAUCAAGGUCUAUCAUUAGAGAAUGUACAUUUACAAAACCAUAAAGAACCUAGUGUCGAUAUACCAGUACGAAGGCGUAACCUGAGGGCGGCUACCGCCGUCGGUGGAGGAUCGAGCUCAAGUCCAGAAAAUGGUGUUGGAUCAUGGCUCAAAGAAGUGGAAACACUAGUACGAGAUAAGUAUGAGGAACUAGGAGAACAAUUCGACAAGGGUAGGAGUAUUAAGAGACCUGCAGUUUCCAAACCUAAAGCUGUUAAGAAACCCAAAAUUCAGAAUAGGGCUCCCAAGUCCCCAGACGGACCGCUGAACGAAAGAAUUGAAUUUGAUGACAUGCAUCAGGAAGAAUUCGAUGGAAAUAGCGAUAAUUACUAUUUUACUACCUCUUCAGAAGAUGAAGACGAUAAUAGACGGAAGCCACCAAGGAAGAAACCUCGCAUUAAAUUGGUAGUAAAUCCACCAAGACAAACAGUAACCAAUCCUGUGCAUGUAUUAAAACCGCAUUACAAAAGUUUGCAUAAUUAUUUGGAAUCGUUCAAAUCCAUGGACGAAGAUGUUAGCAUUGAAGAAUACGAAAAUUACAUUAAGGAACAAAAAGACGUGUUUAAGGCCAUACGACGUGGAUUAGAGAAUGGGGCUCUUAGGUAUGAUCCUGAAACCGAUUCUAUACAACCAAUAACUACAAAGGAAGCAAGACUUAUUCAAUCGCAUAGACCAGACCCAGUUACUUUUUUCUAUAAGGAACAAAAUUUACAAACCUAUCAAGAGUAUUUGAUCAACCACGGUGUUUAUAUGAGUAAGCUAUUCCAAAAUUCUAAAAAGGCUAGAAUAGCUAGAGCACGUAAAGUUUCGCAAAUGAUCGAACAAUAUUUUAAACAUAUUGCAGGUGCUGAAGAGAGAAAAGCUAAGGAGGAAGAGAAACGCAAAAAAGGGCUGGCCAGAGCGGCUAUGCAAGCCGUUAAGAAGAGAUGGACACUAGCUGAAAGAGCUUACAAAAUUUUAAGAAGCGAUGAAGAAGAGAAACUGAAGAAAAUUAGAGGUAAAGAACAUUUGUCUAAAAUGUUAGAACAAAGUACUCAACUAUUGGGUGCCCAGCUUAAUCAAAACGUGGAAGAAAGCGUAUCAGAGAGUGAUGUUGACGACAGUGAUGAUGAUCUCGGUGAAACUGACUCUAAUAGGGAUGAUGAUGACGAUAGAGAUGAUGAUAACAUAUCAUCAUCAGAGGAUGACAGCGAGCACGAAGACAUGUCGUCUGAGGGCCAAGAAACCGCAACAACUACAAGUCCGCCUCCAAUGGAUUCCGCUCCGGAAAAUGGAAAAACAAUUCCAUUUUCUAAUCGAUCCAGCCCAGAGCCACUAUCAGAACAUGAUGGUUCCUCAGAAUCAGAUGAUUCGUUAGUAUCAACUGAGAGUUCAUCUGAAGAGGAAGGAGCUUCGUCAGAUGGUGAGGACGCUACACCAGCUACAUCUAAUGGCUUAGGUUUGAGUUCUCUGUUUGAUGAUCAUAUCGAGGAUGAAGAGAAAGACGAGGAAGAUUAUGAAAUGAGCGGAAGUCAGAGUGAAUCUGAGGCAGAGGACAAAGUCAAGAGAGAAACUCGGGAGGUCUUUGAAGAUGAAAUUAAAGGGAAGGAUAAGGAAUCUGUAAAUACAAAUAAUCACACUUCAGAUGAUAGCCAAAAUGGAAAUUCAGAUCUUGGACUCACUAAGGAGAAAAAACCCUUAAUGGAUGAAGGUUACCUAGAGAAUAAGGGCUUCGAAAUGGAUGACAAAACUGUUGAAGAAACUACACCUGAACAGGAGGUCAAACCUGAGGAAGAAAAGACUAAAGUUGCAGAAAGGGCCAAUAAUGUUUUGGAUAAAGCUGUUCCAGAGGCAGACCCACUAUCUGUUGUUGAUGUGCCCGUACCAUUUCUCCUUCGUGGUUCUUUGAGAAUUUACCAAAAGCAGGGUCUCAAUUGGAUGGCCUCUCUUUACAAUAACAACACAAAUGGUAUUCUAGCGGAUGAAAUGGGUUUGGGUAAAACCAUUCAAACAAUUUCGCUGCUGGCAUACUUGGCCUGUGAGAAGGAAAAUUGGGGUCCACAUCUAAUUGUUGUCCCCACAUCAGUCCUUUUAAACUGGGAAAUGGAAUUCAAGAGAUUUGCCCCCGGAUUCAAAGUACUGACUUACUACGGAUCUCCUCAACAACGUAAGGAGAAGAGAAAAGGUUGGAAUGGACCGAAUGCAUUCCACAUUUGCAUCGUUUCUUACCAACUAGUGGUACAGGACCAAAAUUCCUUCAAGAGAAAGAAAUGGGGUUAUAUGAUUCUUGAUGAAGCGCAUAACAUUAAGAAUUUCAGAUCUACCAGGUGGCAAGCUCUAUUGAAUUUCAAUACUGAAAGAAGAUUACUGUUGACUGGUACACCUUUGCAAAAUAAUAUCGCAGAGUUGUGGUCUCUAUUGUACUUCUUAAUGCCACAGACAAUUACAGAUGGAGCCGGCUUCUCAGGAUUUGCCGAUUUAGAUGCAUUUCAACAGUGGUUUGGUAGGCCAGUGGACAAACUGAUAGAAACCGGACAAGAUCCCGCACAAGACGCAGAAACCAAGAAGACAGUCGCCAAAUUACACCAGGUAUUACGUCCUUACCUUUUGAGAAGAUUGAAAUGUGAUGUAGAGAAGCAGAUGCCAGCAAAGUACGAGCACGUUGUCUACUGUCGUCUCUCUAAGCGACAAAGAUUUCUUUAUGAUGAUUUCAUGUCCAGAGCACAAACUAAGGCAACCUUAGCAAGUGGUAAUUUCAUGUCAAUUGUUAACUGCUUGAUGCAGUUGAGGAAAGUCUGUAAUCAUCCUGACCUUUUCGAAGUGAGACCUAUCUCCACCUCAUUUAGCAUGGAUCACUGUGUAGCAUACGACUACUCAGAUUUGAACAAAUACGUCCUGAGAUUACUGGGCCAGAAUGAACGAGAUAGAAAGGUGGAUUUUGAUUUUAUGAAUUUAUCAUUCACUAAUAAUGACGCUAAAAUGACUACUCAUAGAGCUCAAAGCAUUAGUAAAUUGCAAUGCAUACAAGAGUUUCAAAGGCAAGUGGAUCUCCUCAGAGAACAAAACUCAUUGAAAUCAUCAGAGGACGAACAAUUACCAUCCAAUUUGCGCCAUGCUGAGGAAUUCUUCAGGCAGUUGGGUCAGCAAAAGGGCCAAAGGGCCAUAGACUCACUUCAAUUCUUACAGUAUGUUAACAGGUCCAAAUGUGAAAAGAAACCGCUCUAUGGACAAAAUCUAAUCAACUUGUUAAGAGUGGGUCCCACUAAGGAGGCUGGACCUCAAGCCCAGUGUUUAGAAGAAAUGUUAACUCCACUACAAACCCGUAUCACAAAGCAUAAAAAUUUAAUCGAAAACUACGCUGUCUUAACGCCUAAUGUGGUGGCCCUCGAUCUAAGGGAACUGUCACUGGGGCUCAAUGAAACAAAUUCCGUUGAUUCAUACUCACAAGCUCAAUUGUUAAGUCAAUUCCAAUCAAUGACCAAUCCGCUACACCAUCUGCAGACCAAAUUAGCUAUAGCCUUUCCGGACAAAUCGCUAUUGCAGUAUGACUGUGGUAAAUUGCAAAAACUAGCCAUUUUACUGCAAAACUUGAAAGACCAUGGCCACAGAGCGCUGAUCUUUACACAGAUGACCAAAGUGCUAGAUGUGUUAGAGCAAUUCCUCAACUACCAUGGCUACUUGUACAUGAGACUUGACGGUGCUACUAAGAUUGAAGAUCGUCAAGUGCUUACAGAGCGUUUCAAUACAGAUCCUCGCAUUACGGCUUUCAUCCUUUCGAGUCGUUCAGGUGGAUUGGGAAUCAACCUCACAGGUGCGGAUACCGUUAUAUUCUACGAUUCCGAUUGGAAUCCUGCGAUGGAUAAACAAUGCCAAGAUCGUUGUCAUAGAAUUGGUCAAACGAGAGAUGUUCACAUCUACAGGUUUGUAAGUGACCACACCAUUGAAAGCAACAUUCUGAAGAAGGCCAACCAGAAACGACAGCUCGACAACGUUGUCAUUCAAGAGGGUGAUUUUACAACGGAUUACUUUACGAAAUUUUCUGUCAAAGAGCUACUGGGUCCAGAAGUCCCCAAUGUGAUGGGCGUGAACGAUAAGCCCCUAUUACAAGAAUCCUCACAAGCCAGCAAGGACCCUCGACGUCUCGAGAAGCUGCUGGCACAAGCUGAGGACGAAGACGACGUAAAGGCUGCCCACUUGGCCAUGAAAGAGGUGGACGCUGACGAUAAUGAUUUUGCAGAGAACGUCAACCCAGAUGGUACAGAGGGUCAAAAGCCCAUCACGUCAAAGGUUGAUGACGACGCUCAAGAUGAAUUCGACGAAUACGAGGGAACAAACCACGUCGAAGAAUACAUGAUAAGAUUCAUAGCCAAUGGCUACUACUAUAGUUAA